AUGGCUGCGGUCAUGACACAGACCGAAUGCGCCCCGGGCACAAGAUCGCCAGGGUCCUUAUUGAAACUAGGCUCUCCGGGCGAUGGAGCCGAGGCAGAAGUGUCCCGGACAGGGCUGAAUGUCUUUGAGAUGUCCCCUGAUACUGCAUUGCAGCUGCUCUGCAACAACCUCGAAAAUCUACAAGCCCAUUUUGCGAAAACGUCCACCGAACCCAAUUCUUUCAGCUCCACCCCCGCGGAAGGUGAGAUCCUGACCGACGGGGAUUCUUCCCUGCAGGCAGUGGGUUUACACUGUGGGGAUUCCGAACAUGCGGCGGACAGGACCCGCGAGGAGACUUUCCAGUUGGCCUUACUGGCCAGAAAGUUCCUUUCCAAGAAAGUGCCUCCAAUCCCAAUCAGAGACUAUCUCCUCCGCCUUCACCAAUACUGCCCCAUGUCUACAGCGGUAUUUCUGGCUACGAGCGUGUAUAUAACGAAGAUGGCUCUAGUGGAGAAAGUCCUUCGCGUGACACCGAAGAACAUGCAUCGCCUCGUUCUUGCAGGCCUGCUGGUGGCGACCAAGGCACUUGAAGAUCUCAGCUUUCCCCAUAGUCGAGUCGCCAAAGUUGGGGGAGUCAGUGAGCAAGAGCUGUCAAAAUUGGAGAUAAGCUUCUGCUUCUUGGCCAACUUUGAGUUACGCGUAGAUGAGAAGAUCAUGAUGGAUGAAAUCCAGCUGCGGUGCAACAGAGACUCAUCCAAUGAUGACACUGGUAGUGCUUCAUGA